GGGUUAGUAAUGAGCAAGCUUGGAACAAAAUGGUUUUGUUUCCGCUGAGAACACCUUAGAAAUGAUUGGAAAUCAGCAAAAGUACCGACAAUAAUCAACUUUAGUUGAUCAGAUCAAAAAAGUGCAGCACGUAUCGGUAACCAGAUAUAAAUGAUAGCACACGCUUCAUAGUCGAAUACAUUGUACUUCACUUUAUUCCAACUAGAUAAACAAGGAUGAGUUAUAUUAUUACUACACUACAUUGAAUCCCUCGUUUCGCCGGCUUUUUUGAAAUAUGCAGAUCGAUCAUGAUAAGCCGAGUAAACGCAAAGCAUUUAAUUCAAAGAAUGAAGAUGGAGUGAAAAAAAGGAAAACUGCUACGUACACUGAGAGCAAAAGCCAUGUUUGCCAAGAAUGUGGGAAAGUGUUAAGCACACCAAACGCUCUAAAUAGACACAUGCUUAUUCACAAAGGAGACAGGCCAUUCGAAUGUGAGAUAUGUAACAAGAAGUUCACUCAAAGUGGUCAUUUGACCAGACAUAUAUCAAUGGUACAUAAGGGAGAGAGAAAAUACCCCUGUGGUGUCUGUGGAAAACACUUCGGAGAAAUGUCUAAUGUAAAGAAGCAUUACGCCAGAAAGCACGCGGAACCGGACAAUUACAAGCCAAGACCAUUUACCUGCGAAGUUUGUGGGAAAACCUUCAUGUUUGAAGUAUUUUUAAAUAAUCACAGAGUUGUGCACACUGGGGAAAAACCUUUUACGUGCGAAGUUUGUGGCAAAUCCUUCGGUUAUAAAGUAUCCUUGAACGGACAUAUGCUAACACAUACGGGACAAAAUAUUUUCAAGGAGAAACCUUUUGCAUGUGAAAUAUGCGGAGCUAAGUAUGAGAAGAAAUUUAAACUGCAGCAGCACAACGUUGUACACACUGGUGAAAAACCAUACUCUUGCGAUCUGUGUGGGAAAACUUUUGGGUGGAAAAAGAGUGUAAGAUUACACAAGUUGUCAUCGUGCUUUGCCAAACAUGCACAUUCGGAAACUCACUUGUAAGUGUAAAAGUAUUUUCGUUGUGUAAGUUUCAAAACACUUUAGUUUGCAUGGUUAACUCACUUGCCUGCGCUCGGCGUCGUUAUUAUUUUAUAUCAGGUCUUCAAGACAUAUAUUGGUACUUUUUUAAUCGAUAUUGCUCAAUUUUUUCUCCUAUUGUUGUAUUUAUUACUGUUAGUUAGGGCUGGGACUGGUUAACCGAUUUCAGAUGGUUACGAUUUAUUUUAGCCGUCAACCGACAUCUCAGUUACAAAUCAUCUUCACACCUCAAAGUAGAAUUUGCACAAUGAACACUGAAAAUUUGUCACAUAAAUGACGUUGAACAAUGGAAUCGGGUUUUCUAAAUAAAAUACUUCCACAUGCCCGAACCACGCUGCCUAUCUCUUGCAGCAGAGCGAUCAUGCAACUAUCCCGAUUCGUGAAUAUUUUUGAGCGAUAACGGAAUAAGAACACACGAAAUUGUGACGUAACAAGCUUAAAUUAUAAAUUAUUACGCCAAACGUCACGUGGCGGUUAACCGAUCAAUUUUACCCGGUUAACAGUCAAAGUGUUUUCCCUGAAACUCUCAGCCCUACUGUUAGGCAUAAAUCACCGGUGUCUUUGCUCAAGGUAUUACUGUUUUUUGAGCUGCCCUCAGAUGUGGAAUGGCAUUUUUUUACUCUGUUUAUUAUUCUGUUUGUACAAAAUGUAUUUUCAUUAUGGUUAAUGAAUAAACGACCGAUUUGUGUUAUCUACAAAGGACAUAUUAAUUUAAAUAAAAGAAGUGGAGCAGAAGCAAUAUGACUUAGGGCUGGCGAUAUGGUAUUUUAUAUGAUUGUGUUGGAUUUAGUAAAUAUUUAAUGUUGAGUUGUUUGAUUGCUAUAUUUGCUGCUUCAAUGCAGCUGCAAGGUGUCGUUGACUUGACAACUCUUUGAGUCUUUUGCGACCCCUCGUCUACUGCAACAAAACGAUACCCGUUUUUGUAAUUUGUUAUAUUCCAUACCUUAUAUUGGUUUUGCAUGGCGAAAAUAAAUAUAUGAAUCUAAUGAUUGACACAUG